GAGGAGUUUCACAGAGAAGUUUGUGCAGGAAGAAACAAUCUGCGGCAGCUUUUCAUGAAGCCCCCCGCAACAAGUUAACGCAGUGAAGCGAAUAAAGGAAGAGGUGCUUUUAACCAAACAGCCUGUGAUGGAAAUCCCUGCCAUAAAUCUAAAGGCCAUAGUCCUGGUGCACUGGCUGCUUACAAUAUGGGCCUGCAUGUUUUCGUGGCUUCCCAACUCCUUUGCUUGGGGCAACUUCAGUGUUUUGGCUGUUGGCGUCUGGGCCAUCGCACAGAGGGACUCCAUCGACGCCGUGCUCAUGUUUCUGAUGGGGAUGGUCGUGACGAUAUUGACCGACAUCGUCCAUUUUGGGAUCUAUUACCCGGCGAAUGACUCCACAGUGGAAACCAGGUUUCGCUUUAGUGCAGGAAUGGCCAUCCUCAGCCUGCUGCUCAAACCUGCGUCCUGCUUCUUCGUCUACCAGAUGUACCGCGAGCGUGGAGGAGAUUACAACGUUAACUUUGGUUUCCCCUCUGUGUCACGAGACAGAGAUACCUACCAGUCCAUUGACCAACAGGAGGAGUCUACCCCCCCGGCCAAUCCCUUCAACCAGGCCCAGGACAGCAAACCAGCCGUCCGCACAUACUGAGUGAACCAGGCGGUGAACAAUACAGUGGUUUCCUCUGACUUUUUAUGCAGCAGCUCAGUGGGCAGUUUCUUUUUUCAAUCGAUUCCACAUCCGUCCCUGUGUUUCAUACAGUCGGUCUGCUGCAGAUUGCACUGACGGCAAAAUGAAUACUUUAUACUUUGCUAAAUCAUUAGCUCUGCUCUGCUCUCUGUUUUAGAAUGAAAUGUGGUGUAAUUAAACCCAUUUACAUUUUUUCUUCAACGGUUGUAAUGCUUUUCUGCUGAGCUGGCACAUCACUGCUGAAUAAAUACAGAGGAAACACUGCUCUACCUCUCCCCUGCUGUGUUACUGCUGUUACCGCCUACUAUUUUUUUAGUAGGGAGGUGUUGAAUGGAGCAGUUGUGUCAGUUUACAUGUGGCACUUACAGACAUCUUGUCUGUUUCUCGUUGUGAUCUGCAGUAAAUGUAAUUAUUAUAUUUCCUAUUACGCUUUGCUUUACGGUACAACAAAAUGCUUGAAGCACGUGAACUGAAAUGAAUGUUCAGUGUCGUGCCUUCAAAAGCUACCCUGUGCCUUUCUACUUGUUCAACUCAUAUGAGCUGUUAUGUUUGAGUUGAAGAAGCUGUGACCAAAUUGAAGUUCGAGGUCUUUCUUCUCAUGACUGAGCAAAACCUCCGUAGUGCAGCGCAGCACACAGACGGCCACCGUCCACUUGAUGUUGACCUAUGCAAAGGAUCUAGUGCUGCAACUAUAAAGAACACAUAAAAACAUAAGGAGGCUUGAGAAAAAAUUAAGGAAAGUGGACGCUGUGGCAGCAGGGUUGACUUUAUAGACUGAUUGCAUCAUUUGGAUUCGUUUUUGUUUUUUUACAGUCAGUUCUCUUUUGAAAGUUCCUGUUUUCAUGAUGACCUACAUGACAAAGCUGACAUGUGGCAACUAUGUUGGUCGCGUUAUGAGUGAGUGAAAUGAUCCCGGCUGUAGCACAAGGGGAUCUUCAGUCCAGUUGUUCCCAAACUUUCUCAUGUCAAGGACCCCCGUCACUGAGACAAAUUAGACCAAUGACCCCCAUUUGAUAAGAUUUUGUCCCAGGGUCCCUCAUCUGAAAAAACGUUGCUCUUACAUGUUAUAAAAAUAGGCAGUCAUUGUGUUAAAUAUCGAUCGACCCCUCAUGGACCCCUGUGAGUCCCUGAUCCCCACUUUGAGAAUCACUGUAGAUCCUAAGAGGCACCUUAUUUGCUGACCUGCCUCCAGUUCAGACACACUAACCUGGCCUGUGUCUUUAAAAGCAUGUUGUUCCACACUAACUGUGCUCUGUAAUACCACAUGGUGUCCACCAUGUUGAUUGUGAGAGACCAGCAGCAAUUGUUUCCUUAAUUAUGUUCAUAAUAAAGUUA